AUGGCAGGUCCUAGCACAAGACGAGGCUCACGAGGCCGGACAUCACAGCCCGAACCGACAACGCCUGCUCGCAAUGUGCAAUUCGGGCAAGCGGACGAUGCAGCGGACGACACCACCGUCACAACAUCGAUCGACCUCAACGUAGACACCAUCAAGACCAUGAUCAACCAAGCAAGGACCAUUCUUGCCGAGCUGGGUCCUCAGCUCUCGGCUCGAUCGCCCACUAAGCUCGCGACCAACGCGUUCGAGAUCUCGCCCGACAACCUCUCCCUUCAUACUCUUCGAGACCAGCUGCUCUCCAAGGCGGACCGCAGCAAUCAGAGGCGACUCUUUGGAGACAAUGCAUCGCCGGCGAAACGCAGGCGCAGCAGCAUGUCGCAAUUUGCUGGCGAAGGCGAGCUCGACAUCAACUGGGCCGUCUACAAAGAAUGGCCCGAGGGGCUAUUGGAGGAGGAAAGGCUGUUGCUCGACUAUUUCAGGAAGCUCAAGUUCAUCUAUCUCGAGCAGGAGACCAAGAUGCGAUUCAUGGCCGACAUUCAGGACGACCUCGAGUCCGGCAAGGAAGCCACCGUUUAUUCGGUCGCCGACGUUGCCGAUCGCGAACGCGUUGCAAAGACGCUCAAGACGCAGCUCACCGAAGCCAAGGCUGAAGUGCGCAGCCUAAGGAAGCAGGUCGACGCAGCCGCAGAGGAGCUGUUCGAGCCAUGGCAUGAGGUGGAGAGAGACAGCAGAGAGGCCGAAGUGCUCAUCAAGGAGAUCGGCGACAUGGAGCUCGAGCUGGCCAAGAUCCGCGCUCAAAGUCACGGCAAGGGCGGAAAUGUCGCUACGAUCGCAGGAAGGGAUGGACCGUUGACCACUAGUGAAGCCGAAGAGUACUGCGACACCCAGGUCGAGGAGAUGACUGCUGUCGAGGGCAAGACGACCAGCGUGAACAAGGCCAUUGAAGCGACCAAGAAGGAUCUCGUGUCGUCAUUGAGGGCACUCGACCGUAUCAAUGCCGAACGCUCGCUCGCGGAAAAGUUCGCCAACGAGGCCAAGAUGGGCAUGGGUGUGGACGGUGGUCGAGACCUCGAAACCGAACGCCUUUGCGCCAGCCAUGCAGCCACCAUCAGCUUGUUGCGAUCGCUGCUGGGUAUCGACGAGAUCGAGGCUGUCUCGGCCAAUGAGAUUCGCGUCACCUACAAGCUGCCACUCGACUCCAUCCUGGGCUCGCAAAAGCAGCAGCAGCAGGAAGAGGCUGCAGCCAAGGGUGCCGGCGCACGACGCAAGCGAAAGUCGAUUGCGAUGCCUGAUCAGUCUCUUGUCCACGUCAACCUGCGCUUCCACGACGUUGGCGGGCGCAUCGACGAAGUCACCGUCACCUCGUCCAAAGGCGAACAGUAUGACAUGCCCGAAGCGUCCAUCGCGAGGCUACGGGCGCUUCAGAAGGCCAACGACGUGCCCUUGAUCGUUCAAGAGGUGCUGGCUGCCUUCUAG